GAAUUCAAUAUGUGACCCUUAAACUAUUCGUAAAGAGAAAUAGACUCAAUAUUUCUAAUCCAUUCAAGAAUUAUUUUUAGUGCAAGAAUUCACCAGAUAAAAGUGCAAGAAUUACAUGAAAAUUGAGAAACAAACACACACGCACUAUGUGUAUUUCCAUUCCUAAAAAAGUCAGUCCUUUCAACCCUUCAAUCCCAAUCCCACCUUCCAUUUUGUAACUCUCGUCUGCAUCUCUCAGCUUCACAAUUCACUGAAUAAAAAAAAAUCAUUUUUUGUUGCUGUUUGAUUCAGAUAUACAACAAGCAUGUCUGAAGAAGGUGAUAAUGGGUCACCAAAGACUUCAUCAAUGACAUCGUAUGAAGAAGCAUUGGAUGCAUUGUCAUCAUUGAUCACUAAACGCACUCGUGUUGGUGAUGUCAAUUUGGAGGAGCGAUUCAACGUGCUGUUUGAGUAUAUUAAGAUGCUUGAUUUGGACGAGGCGAUUUCGAAUAUGAAGAUUAUCCAUGUUGCUGGCACCAAAGGGAAGGGAUCUACUUGCACCUUCACAGAAUCUAUAUUACGCAACUGUGGACUUCACACUGGGCUUUUCACUUCUCCUCACCUAAUUGAUAUCCGUGAAAGGUUUCGUAUAGAUGGUGUGGAAAUAUGUGAAGAGAAAUUUUUAGCCUAUUUCUGGUGGUGUUAUGGUAGACUAAAGGAACAAACUGAUGACAAUGUUCCAAUGCCUACCUUUUUUCACUUUCUUGCUUUACUUGCCUUCAAGAUAUUUUCAGCAGAGCAGGUAGAUGUUUCUGUAAUAGAGGUUGGAUUAGGUGGCAAAUACGAUGCAACAAAUGUGGUGAAAGCACCUUCUGUGUGUGGUAUAACUUCCCUCGGAUAUGACCACAUGGAGAUCCUUGGGAAUACUCUUGGAGAAAUUGCUGGUGAGAAGGCUGGUAUCUUCAAGCAUCGAGUUCCAGCAUUUACGGUGCCUCAGCCUGAUGAAGCAAUGUAUGUACUCAGAGAGAAGGCUUAUCAGUUAAAUGUACCUCUUCAUGUGGCAACCCCAUUAGAGACCAAAUUGCUAAAUGGUUUAAGGCUAGGGCUUGAAGGUGACCACCAAAAUAUAAAUGCUGGUCUUGCCGUUGCAUUAUGCUAUAUAUGGCUGCGAAUGAAUGGGCAUUCUGAAUAUGCUCAUUUGAAACAGAUGCAGUGCACUUUGCCAGAGCAAUUCAUAAAAGGGUUAGCAACUGCAAGUCUGCAAGGAAGGGCUCACAUUGUUCCUGAUCAAUUCAUCAACAAAGAAAUCUCAAGUGAACUUGUCUUCUUUUUAGAUGGAGCUCAUAGUCCUGAAAGCAUGCAAGCAUGUGCAAGGUGGUUUUCCCAUGCUAUUAAAGAUCAGGACCAGACCCUGAUUAAUCAGAAGCCUGAUAAUUCUAAAAUUGAAAUGAAGACACACCUAGAUGAAACAGCACAGAAAAAAUCAGCACAGAUUUUGCUGUUCAAUUGUAUGUCUGUACGUGAUCCUCAGUUGCUUCUUCCCCAUUUGUUGAAAACAUGUGCUGAUCAUGGUGUCUACUUCAAGAAGGCGUUCUUUGUACCUGGUUUAUCAGUGUAUCACAAAGUUGGAUCCCAUGCUCCAACGACGACUGAUUCUAAUGUUGACCUGACGUGGCAGUUCACUCUACAAAGAGUGUGGGAAAAUCUCAUGAUAGGGAACAAAGGCAAGAGUACUAUUGGUGCUGCUUCUGAAGAAUUAAAUGAUCUGGAAAUGAGUGCCAGAAAUUGGGAACACAGUGCAGUUUUUUCCUCAUUGCCGCUAGUUAUCAAAUGGCUUAGGGACAGUGUGCAACAAAACCAGUCAACACGCUUUCAGGUCCUUGUCACUGGUUCUUUACAUCUUGUUGGCGACGUGUUGAAAUUAAUCAAGAAGUGAUUCAUUCGACUAAAUGGAAAGAUCUUCCUUUCUGAUUUCUCAGUUAGCUGACGUUAUCCCAAGAGAUCUCUGUCACUCAGAAGAUUUAAAGUGCUAUUUCACUUGGAUCGCAUACUGUUAGCAGUGCAAUCAACACAACAACAUCCUUGACAUUUUUUGACACACAUAGUUCAUUGGUUUUGGUGGGUGUUUCAAUUUUAAUUUUGUUUUUUGGUCAAAAAAAUUAAUUUUGUUGGUACACCUUUCAAUUUUCAUUUGAUUGUAGAACACAAUUUUAUUUGCUUAGCGUGAGAUGAAUAAAGGACGAUCCACUGAGGUGGGGUAUAUAAUACGGACAGCUGUUCACAAAAUUACAAUCUGUGUUUGGAUUUUGCACUUUUUUAAGUAGCACUUCAAAAGAAAAAAAUCCUUAGUGUU